AUGACCGGGUCAUCACAGCCCAGUUACUUCUACUUGCCAUACGAAUCUCGACCUCAAAUCGAUCGCUCAGACCUUGCUUUCGCACAGGGCGGGUCUCCGCCGUGGCAGUUCAUUCCAUCCUACCCUUCACCGCCUAUGUCCAGCCCGCCUUCCCCACAGAGGAAGGUAUCCGAUAUACAACCUCCACCAGCUACAACUUUUUCCGAGCUUGCACUUUCUGCUACUACUACAUCUUCAGAUCCAUCAACCACAAGGACGAACUUCAACAUAUCUCCCGUUUCGGCAAGGGCACGUGCAUCUACACUUCAAAGCGUACCUCAAUCAUCUGCCCCAACACCAACUGCAACGUCAUUAGGGGCCCCCCGCACCUAUUCGUCGUCUUCCACAGAAAGCCUUGCAGUACUCCGUCAAACAGAUUCUGGCUCAAGUGCAGGCAAUGUUGCGGAUCCCCUUCCUACUGCUGGACCCAGUCUUGGACGGUCAUCAUCUGACAUAGGUCGAGGUGGUAGGAGGGCCAAAGCUCAUGUCGCAAAUGCAUGUAACAAUUGUAAGCGGGCACACCUCAGCUGUGAUGUCGAGAGACCUUGUGGAAGAUGUGUCGCUACAGGCAAGGCGGAUACGUGCCGUGAUGUUCCUCACAAAAAGCGUGGCCGGCCCCGUCUACGCGAUGAGGCCCAGUUUCAUCUACAACAAGGCGGCUCUGAGAUAGAAGCAGUAGAGAGUCCAGUGCCAGGUCCCUCGUCUGCUAGACCCAUGGCCCGGCCAGGACAUCGAAAAACAGCUUCCUUGAGGACAUUGGCGGCUCUGGCUACAGAACAGGGUCAUCAGCAUUCAACUGGCCAAGGUGUCUCGACCCGUGAAAGAGCAUAUUCUUUUGGAGCAGCUCCGCCGACAGGACUCCAACCACCCCCUAGACACCCGCGCCUAGCUCCAUCCCCUGAGGUACCGAUAGCCUUUCUGGAUAUCGAUUUUGUGGUUCUAAAGGCCAACGCAACAUUCCAGCGUCUCUUUUCGUGGCUACAAGAGAUCAAGGGCAUCCGCUUGUCGGACAUCGCAAAGCCAUUGGAAGGGGACAGCUUUCAGAAUGCUCGGAAUCGACUGAGAGAAGAAAGAGAGAUACGCGAGCCAGCAUACCUACCGCCAAUCCUGCAACCAAGACUUGAUCCAGUAUCAGGUAUUGGAACGACGGACCAUGAUGUGGAAGAAGUCACAAGAGGAUUUGCCGAUCAUCAGUUCAACUGGACUUUUCGGCUUGGAGGUGGUGUUGACCAGACAUUGCCGAUCCGUAUGCGAUUGGCCAAGACGUCUGUCUACUUUGUCACCCUCUUCCUCCCACCGCUACCACCACAAGUCGCCGAGCAAGUUGUGCCUCCUCAGCCACCGCCAGUCAUGUUUCCUACAAGAGUUGCAGCACCACCUCCCGCACCAUUUCAAGGCAGUCCUGUGAUGAUGGAGCAGCAAAAGGGUAUCUCUGAGCCGCCUUCUUCCUACUACAUACUCCCAACCAACGAUCCUGGAUCGCAAAACUACACACUCAAUCCACGUUACACCUUCGGCGAACACUCAUAUACGCAUAGCACGCAUUAUCAACCCGCCUACCAUCAACAGCAGCAACAGCAUUCAGCACAACAAAUGCUCCCGCCACCUCCAGCACUUUCGCAGUCCUCGGACCAGCGUCCCGGCACUGCAGGAUCUAGUUCAAGCAGUCACAUGUCCCAGACUCCAUUCCUACAACCACCCAUGCAUGGGCACCGUAGCCGUCCAAGGUCCGAUACCAUGGACUCACUUGGCAGACACAUCCAAACCAGACUACGGGCAGAUAGCGGGGCCACAGUACCGGUAUUCCAAAGCUCGCCCGUGCAGCAAAGACAUGCUGCCGAACGGGUAAGCAGCGAAGAUGACUUUGAAACAGGGGAAGGUUCAGGGAGUCCCAGAAAAAGAAGAAGGCUUGACAUCAAUGAGAUGUUGCAACGUUGA